AUGUUGGAGAAGCCGAAACUCUACACCAAGAUUGUGGGCUACGCCCUCUUCUUCCUCUGGACAGAGCUACGACUCGCUCUCCGAGCCGCCAUCGUACGACAACAGGCCCUCUGGUUUGGAUCUUCCACAGCCGAAGAGAGGACUCGCAACAUUGUCAUUGUCGGUGCCUCUUUCGCAGGCUUCCGAGCGGCUCAGAUUAUCGCAAGGAACUUGCCUCCCCGAAGCCCAUACCGAGUCGUGGUCGUUGAGCCAAACAGCCAUUUCCAGUUCACUUGGGUGCUCCCAAGAUUCUGUGUUGUCAAGGGCCACGAGCACAAGGCGUUCAUCCCGUAUGGAGGGUGCAUGUCCGGGGCUCCAGAGGGCUCCUAUCGCUGGAUAAAGGACAAAGUAGCCGAUAUUGACCAAACAGCUGUGAAGCUGCAGGACAACGGCGAGACGAUCCCAUACGAGUUUCUUGUCAUCGCCACAGGGUCGGGAGUCAGAGAAGGUCUUCCUUCACGCGUCAACGCUACAGAGAAGCGGGAUGGAAUGAAGCUUCUCCAGGGCAUGCAAAACCGUAUCGAAGCAGCCAAGACAGUUGUCGUUGUUGGAGGAGGCGCUGCAGGAGUUGAAGUCGCUACAGACGCCAAGGCUCUCUAUCCAGAGAAGCAUGUCUUCUUGAUUCACUCGAGAGCCGCAGUGAUGCAUCGCUUCGGCCAAGGCCUCCAAAAUGCUGCGCGCGAAGGGCUUGAAAGAUUAGGAGUGGAGCUUGUGCUUCAAGACCGCGUUGUCAGUGAAGACGCAGAUGCAGGAGCCGUCACCCUUCAGUCUGGACGAACAAUCGCUUGCGACUUCUUUAUAAACUGUACAGGACAGAGGCCACUAUCUGAAGUGCUUUCCAACCUCUCUCCCAGCUCCAUCUCGCCCACGGGGCACAUCAAAAUCAAGCCGACCCUCCACAUAGCUGAUGGUUCUCUACCAAACGUUUACGCAUGCGGCGAUGUUGCCGAAACCAACACCCCGAAUCCGAACGCCCGCUCAGCAAUGCGGCAAGCGACCGUCGUGGCGGACAAUAUUCUUCUUGCAGUAGCAGGAAAAUCGCCUCACCACGUUUACGAGAACCUCUGGGCAGACGGCGUGAUUAAGCUGACUUUGGGGCUGGAUCGCUCAGUCACGAACCUUGGAGACGGCAAAUCCGAAGUCCUCUUUAGGAGCAAAGAAACAGAUCUAGCUCUCAUGUCUGCCAUGUGCUGGCGCCGUUUCGGAGCGAAGCCUUUCGUGGAUGAAUACAUGGACGCUCACAAGGCGGAGAUUGAGGCAGAUGUCAACGAAGCAUGA